AUGAUCGUGAUAUCAACGCAGGCACAGGCUGUUAAGGUACGACGCGACAACCACUACGGACGCUAUGUGUGUGCUAACGUUAGCAAUGACGGGGAGGGCGAGUCCUGUCUCGUGUACUACUUCACUGUGGUUGAUAAUGAACAGUUCAAGAAGGACAUGGACAAGCUCACGUGCCACGUUCACGAAAUAGUUGACAAGCUGAAGAAGGAAGUAGAGGAAUCGGAGAAAUGGCCGAGAAAACACCCAUGGCAGAUUUCGGAGAUUUCCUACGACAAAGUCCUCCCCGGGGGAUCGGUCAGGCACCGUCGGUCUCUGAGGGACAUCGUGACCUCGCUUGGGCACGUCGGGCGCAAGGUCAGGUUCCUAAGAGCUGAUCUUCUGGGGCAGGAGUGGACGCUGCUCCGUCAGGUGGUGACGAAUUAUAAUAUGAUUAAUGUCCGCCAGAUCAGCGUUGGUCUACAUAUACCUUUGAGUGUGAAUCAGCUGACGGUGGAAGAACGGAAUCGAUAUUUUGGAGAUUUGUUUAAGGUGUUCGAGGGACUGACAUGUCUAGGUUACAAACACGUACGAGUCGAAGGGAUCGAGACGGCCAGAAACCGUUUGGUCGUCCCUGAAAUGGGCGGUGCGACUCUUCCUUCCUUUUUCGAAGUCCAUUGGGUCAAGGCAGCUCCUCAGACCGAUGGAAGUAACGAUAGUCAUAAUGUUUAUUAUUAAAUGGUGCCAAGUCGAUGUAACUAUGUAUGUGUGUUGUUGUGUGUGAAUUUGUAAUUAGUAUCAGUUGUUAAUUUAAGUGCACAUUAAAGAUAACCUAUUAAGUAUUACGGAUCUCUUGUUCCCUAUAUGUAAUAGGAAUUUGGUUUGUCGACUGA